AUGCCGUUUCGUUGCGAAUUCUGCGCCAGAUUAUUCAAGCACAAGAGGUCCCGGGAUCGCCACGUCAAGUUGCACACUGGUGACAGAAAGUAUCGCUGCGCACAUUGCGAAUCUGCAUUCUCGCGAAGUGAUCACCUGAAAAUUCACAUGAAGACACACGACAACCAAAAGCCAUUCCAAUGUACGGUGUGCAAUCGGGGGUACAAUACAGCGGCAGCUCUGACCUCUCACAUGCAGGGUCACAAGAGAGACAGAGAUGGGCGGGAGGUUGACCGUAAAAGAGCACUGAGAUGUAUCCGAUGUGGAGAAACAUUCCGACGACCAGAUAUGUUACAAGCGCACAUGACGACAGCGCACGGUAACAUGACUCCACCACGCCGAGUCGCAUCACAACCACCACCCACUCUCCUAGCUUGCAUUUAUUGCACACGUGACUCUUUUACUACCAUGGAGCAACUGCAACUUCACGUACGCUCAUCACAUUCAGCACUGUUAAAUGGUGAAGGCCCUGUAGAUCAACCAGCCCCUACAGAUCUCAGCCGACGCGGGUCCGACGAAACGCCUCCAAUGAAAAGGCCACGAUCAAGUGCUAGCGUAAUUCCACAAACGGUAUUAUCACCAAGCACUUUGUUGUGCAAUCAAUGCGACGCUGCAUUGCCCGAUUUUGAAGCCUUCCGCGCGCAUUUGAAAGGACACCUCGAAGAAGGAAACGAUAUAAGUAAAUCAGGACCCACGCCAUGUUUGCAUUGUGGCGCCACAUUCACAGACCCAGUCGCAUCAGAAAGGCAUUUGGCAGCUCAUUACUUAGCUGUGUCUUGCGAGUACACGUGUAAUAGUUGCUCCCGAAGUUUUUCAACACCGGAUGAUUUACAGAAACACUUAUUCGAACAUCAUGCGCACAGUCUAUACCGUUGCACUCUAUGUAAGGAAGUCUUCGAAUCCAAAGUUGCUAUUCAGUACUUGCUAGAGCGACACAUGCAAGUCCAUCAUGCUAUUCCUCAGGAUUUAAAUGGUGACUUAUCGAGAAAGCGUUCUGAAAAUAACAACGCUGUAGAAGAGACAUGUUCGCCGUGCCACACAGUCGAAAACCAAGGAACGGAAGAGCGUCGUCGCAAAAAUGGGGCUGUGGCAUUACAAUGUGCAUAUUGUGGGGAGCGAACUCGAAGUAGAGCCGAACUUGAAGCCCAUACGAGGGCCCAUUCUGGAACAACUGUUGCGAGACACAAGUGCCUGAUUUGUGAUGAAGUAUUACCUUCCGCUGCCGUGCUUGCUGAACAUAAGCUCACGCACUGCAAGGUGGUUGCCGGUGACACCUGUGCAAGAUGCCGCUCAAGGCUACCCUCUGAAGAGGCCUUCUUAACUCACAUGGCUCGGCAUCAUCCUACUUUACCCGCUCCUUGUAUUAUAUGCAGACAGACUUUAGCUUCAGAACCAGAGGCACGUCUCCACGCAAGAUUCCAUUUACGACCCAAUGAAGAUGAGCAAAGGUGCGCUAUUUGUUUGAAAACCCUAUCAGAGAGUGAGGCCGGUGAAGGUGUGAGAGCUUGUUCCUCAUGUUAUGCAAGACAUGCUGCUCCAAGGCCUCCUCCGCCGUCAGAUAAUGACUGUAGACUUUGUCGGCGAGCCUUAGAGUCUCCUACUCGUCUUCAAACACAUCUUAUUGAACAUACCUUUGCUGGCAUUGGUUCUUUCAGUUGCUACCUUUGUUCUGCUGUAUUCACGAGCGCAGCCGGUCUUCAAAGGCAUUUGCCAGAACAUCCAGCCGCUACAAGGCCCUAUGAUUGUGGCCGUUGCGGUCUGAAAUUCUUCUUCAGAGCGGAGUUGGAUAAUCAUGCAUUAAUCCACCUUGAGGAAGCUGAAUUAGCUCAAAGAGCAUUCUAUGAAGCGUACGCCAGGGGUGCUGCAUCAGCUUGGGUCGCGCUUCAGUCCGAUACGUCCCCUAAAACUUUGUCUUCACCAGUUGCGGAAGUACAAGUUAAACAAGAGAGUGAGGUUAAAGAGGAGAAGAAUGAUGAAUACAUUGAAGUAUCUUCUCCACCACCUAUUCCGCCAACGUCCACAGAAUCUGUAUCGCCUAUAGUGAAACAAGAAAAACCUGAUGAGGAAUGA